GGCUUCAGCGAAAUGGGCAGGCAUGACUAAGGCCACUGUACAAGUACAACUGUAUUACAGAAGAUCGGCGUGAAGUAAGUCAAUAGGUUCAUCUUAUUGUACUCGGGUUUCGUGCGGUAAGUGAGUAAAACGGUUAAAGUAUGAAGGUUCAGUUUGUUACGGGGGGCUCAAUUCUAACACGUUAUUGUUCCUUACCGAGACUCAGAUAUCCACUCCGGCUGAUACUUCCUACCUCUCCUGCCUGUGGUACAACUUGAAACAUUCCUUUGUGCCGCGGGGAGGAGUUUGCGUGUACACCAGGGAGUUUAUUUUUCGUUUCGUUGUGGUCGCUCAGCUGGUGACUUUAUUGCAUACCUUACUCGUAGAUACCCAUCUAGAGGCAAUUGCAACUUAGCAACGUUUAUUGCUAUGUGGACGACAGCACUGGGGAUACUCCUUAUACUGGCCAUGACGGUAUUUUUCGGGCAGUUGUUGAUAAGUACCGGAAUAUACUUGUGUCUGAAGUCGAAACUUUGCUACAUGGAGUGGACUGGGGUCGACCAAAUGUAGUCCACAAGCCCAAGUUUGCGCGUUUUCCGCUGAAUAAUAAGUAACUCCUCCUCUCCUUAAAGUCUUAGCGAGCAUAGUGGUACUGGGAGUUGACAUAUCCAACGACGUUAAGUUUCGCGGUAAUUUGAAAGGAUAGGUUAAAUUAGCCUCAUCAUAGAUCAUACUUCACUCUGGGCUAGCUUCCACCUGUAUAUAGCGUAAAUUCAGCCCCACAUGGACCACUGAUCUGAGGGGAGAUCAGUAGUCCAGUACCAAGCCCUAUUCAAUUAAGAGCAGCGGUUCGAAUUGGUUGAGGUAGCGUAUGGUUUAGUGAGUAUGCAAAGUAGCGAGUCCUAUAUAAGCCUCUACCUCAAAGCAGUCGCACCGCGGGAGAGCAUGGGUAAGGCAUUUCCCCUGAAAAAAAUAGUGGCUUUUGUGGGCGCCUGCCAACUCUGAGAAGGGAAUCACGGCUGUGCACUAGGCCACUAGUGUAGGUUUGUUGCCAUACCUUACGAAAAUACCUUAAGAAACGUAAGUGACUAAAUACGAAACAGAUUCAGAAACCUGAUGCCAAGACUUUGAGGUUGUAGCUCUACUAUUUUUUUUAAUGAAGAUCGCAGAAACUGUUCACCAUAGAUAUAUAUUAUAGUAGAUUUUACAGAGGUGCACACAAAGUACGUGAUGUGACCAUGGCAACCCCAAUGUUUUGAUUUUAGUACUUUUUGUUAACGAAAAACUAAAAGUGAGAAUUUGAAUUUUCGUGUAAUUAAUUUAAAAAUUAUUUGUUUUUCACAUUAAAUAUUUUAAAAUGUAUAAAUAAUGUGUUUCAAAACAGAUUUAUCUCUUUACUGAAAAUAAAAAAAUCAAUUUUUAGUUUUUUCAAAGGACUGAUUAAAAAAACUUAGUACAACCAAUUCACCACUAAACUCGCAUUAAAAUGUAAAAGAUAUUCAAUAGUUUGCAAUGGGUCAAGUUAGUGCUGUUAAGUUUAAUUAACUGACGUAAUCAUCUAUGACUACAUCAUCGAAAUUACGUACCAUACGAAUCGACACAAAAACUGGUCAUAAUACGUAUUCAAGCUUCGUCCACUUAUCUGGGAUGCUUAAGUGUUUGUUAAAGGAUGCGCUGAUGUAAUCGCCAUAAUGAACGAUCCGUGGGAUGUCAAAUGUGUCCGACAAUCUGGCCAAUAUGUGUCGUGUAUUAAAUUAAAUGGUGUACCCCUUCUACCACCGGUUCUCUCCAAGGAAUGUCGCAAAGAAAUGCAGUAUUAUAAAUUAUUGGCAAUAGAAGUUGAGAAAAGAAUUCAAGCACUAAAAACAUUUUUACUUGAAAGUGAUGACACAGAGUCUACUGAAGACAAGACCGAUGCCCCUGAACUUCCUGAGUCAGAACAAAAUGAUAAUUCACCCAAUGAUAAAAAAGAUUUCAAUUCUAAUUCAAUUAUCACAAAAGAUCUGGAAAAAAGUACCCUACAGGUAGAAUCUCCAGUAACAGAAUUAGAGAGUUUAUCUAAGACCCCAUCAAAGUUUACAAUAGACCUAAGUUUAAGCAUUAAUGAAAAAAAUGGUUUCCAAGACACAAAUUCUAUUGAAGUUCCAGUCAGAGACUGUGAAUGUUCUAACGAAAUGGCAAAUAAUGAAUCUAAGAUUGAUUCUUCUAAAGUAGUCGAGGAUAAAAUUGUCUUUAGUGUCAGUGUAAAGAAAGAAGAAUUAACUGAACCCCUUUCCAAUCAUCUUUAUGAAGAUGAUCCUCCUUCUCUUACUGCAAAAAGUUUUACAGGCUCUUUGAACAAUAUUCAUACAGAUAGCAAAGGUUAUGAAAGCAUUCCGCUAUCUCGCCAAAGAUCUUACACAAUUUUAACACCCAGUCCUAUGCUGCUUGCACAUUUAGAAGUCCAGUCUUUGAACACUGGAGUUGAAAUAAAUUCUAUAUCUAUGAGUGAGUCCACAUCUAACCUAUAUUCUCCUAAUAAAAAGCGAAGAAGUUGGGACUUGGAAUCUGCAAAAGUAAAGUGGUCAUCUAUGGCACUUGAAUUAAAGCAAAAGAACAUUGACCAAGCUAGUAAAAACCAGAAAGCUAUUACUAAACCAGCUAGAAAGACGCCACCCUCUGCAUCAACACACUUAAGAGCACGGUCCCUUGCCCGGGAAAGUACAAAACGAAUUACUAAUACCUAUACUCCAAACAAAUCGGAACCCAUAACAAAACCAAAAAAAAGUCAAAGUCCAGUACGAAACACCACAACAAUUGGUAAGAUUAGUAAAACUCCAGUUAUGAAAGUGAAUCCUAAAGAAAUAGAAAAGAAACAAUCACCAAAACCAGUUGUAUCGGAGUCGGAAGACCCCGCCACUAGAGUCAGAGAACUUUAUGAAAAAAUACAAAAGCAGCAGCUUGCCCAAAUGGCUACUUUAGUGGAAAAACAAAAAAAGGAGCAAAUGCUUUUGCAACAAGUUUUUGAAGAGCAGAACAACAUGUUAUAUAAUCAACUCCAGACUAUUUGCCCAAAACCCCCAAACGAUGUUAAGGAAGCAUGGGUUGAGAAAACAGACAGGGGCCCUGUUAGCUUGAACCAAUUAAUCAAUUAUAAAAGUUCAGACUCUUGUGAAAGUCCCGUCCAAUCCACUAUUACAGAUACUAAUACCUACUUAAAUCGUUGUGAUAAUGUUCUUAAAAAGUCAAGAGACAUUACAUCAAGUAUAAAGAAAGGAAAGGUCAGUCAGGUCGCUGAAAAAAGCCCACCGAAACCGACACAGAGCGUAAAAAGAAGCCAGUCCCCUGUACGUAGAAAUGGAACUUCGAGAAAGCUAACGUACGACACGUCUUCUGAUCGUGAAUAUGAACUUAUUUUAACCGACCGGACGAACGAUACGAUGGCAGAUUUAAAUGUGACUUUUCCGUCUGACAAUAGUGACGAAUGCCCUUACACUCCACCGAAAAAUACUAAAACUAACCGCAAGAACGCUAGCCCUACAGCGAUGCCUCUUGCGGAGCCUUGCAAGUCCACCGACAGAGCUAUUAAGAGCAUGGAGGAAACUAUACAUAAUUCCAUUAAAAGUAUGUGUUCCAGAAGAGCGCCAAGUGUUUGCCGGCAGACGACCCCACAAGAGAUAACAGCAGCGUGCUACUCUCUCCACGAUACAUUUAUAACGAGCACUGCUGCUGAGCGCUGCGCCAUGAUUAAUGCAGAUCGUGGCCGAAGACGCUCACUUGCCAACCGCCCACCUAUAAGGCAACAUCGACCUACGGAUCUUAUGUCACAAAGUCACUGCGGUGCGUUUCCCGCGCGCAGCAAGCGAUCGACGAACGCGUCGCUUAUGACUCAAUCCAAUUAUGAGACUUUUAGCGGCGACAAGAGCAGCGUACGCCGCUAUAUGCCGAGCCCGAGACGUCGUCCAUGGCGCUGACCUUGUAUGCCCGCCUUUAUCACGCGAUGUUGGCUGCGUGAUUACACCUAAAGUAAUCGCUAAUAUAUUCUAAUGCGCCGUAAAAAGAUAAUGAUGUAAACGCCUUAAUUACAUUCACAGAUUAUAAUAUAAUUAACUUGAAAGUACCAUUUAGUGCUAAGUCUAUGGCAAACACAACAGAGAAACCCAAGAAUUAUUUCACGGCAAGUGUGACCCUCUAUCGCAGAUAUUUUAACAGGUCACGUUUGCUGUAAAACAAUUGUCCACAGAUACAACAAUAUGUCCUAAGAUCAUAAGCUAGAAUAUUGAAUAACUCUAUUUAGCAUAAAGAAAUUUUGCCGGAUUGAAACAUGGUUAUUAAUUUCCGUGCGUUCUUUUACAUUUAAAGCUACACUUGUAUAUUCUUAAUUAUUUACAUUCAAUUUGUAAAUGUUUACACAUGAUUGAGAGACGUUUUGUGUUUGCCACCUUUUAAUAUGAAUAAGGUCAAAAUGUUAUCUAGCAAAGAAAUUAUUAAGUACCCGCAUUGUCUUACGUACUAGGUAACUCAAACGUCACAAAUAAACUUCAAAUUGUGAGCCAACCUAAAUUAUUGUUACGAAUCAUAUUUUGUAAUAAUCAUGUUUAUUAUUUAACAUUGUGUAUGAUUGUAUUUAUAAUAACUAAGUAUCGCGAGAACUUUACUAAUUCAAUUCCAUCAACAGUACUUCCUUAUAUAAUUAUAGUUUAAGAAUGAUAUGACCUUAAUAAACUACCUGUCUUAUUUUCUUAGAACGUAAAAGGUGAACUCGAUUUUUUGCCAAAAGAAUUGCUACUGUAUUGUUCAUAGUCAUAAAGUACAAUGUAAAACUGAAAAAGUACAAUCACUAAAGUUCUGAUUUUUAUACCUUUAUAAGACAAGUGUGGAUAAACACCCCGUAGAAGCCUAUUUCGUAAAUUAACGCGAUAGUGAGCUUUCCACACUUUUCUGCCGAUUUUAAUCGUUAAACAGUGUGCGGACGCGACGGUACUCUUGAAGACCGUAUUCCAAAGCAACUGGCAUUGAAAAUGCAGACUUUAGCUCGUGGCUCUGUAGGAAUCACACAAAUGACUUCUUUAGCGUGCCUAUAUUGGGUUGUGACGGCGCUCUCUGAGCUUAUUUGCUUUAAUUGCGAUUAGGGAUAAUUUGCAAAUGUAGCUUUGUAGUUAUUUAUUUAGUCGCUCGAAAUUUGGACUUGUAUCGACGCAAAACGUUUUUGUCAAAAAAUUCUGGCUCCAUGAAAACAGACAAAACAAAUUUAAAGUACAAAUCUAACAUUCUCGAAUAAAGUUAACUGUCCAUAUUUCGCGUGACCGUUUAAUGCUGUAGGUUUUAACAAUAGUUUUAUAAGCGCAUGUAACUAGUCAAAUUUCAAAAAUGUUUUAAAAGUUUUGGCACAAAUGCUAAAUUUUCGAAAAGGGCACUAUAUUUUUCAUGUAACCCAUUUUACAAUAAAUAUUUGAAAAGUA